AUGAAAAGAAGACGUUGCUGCCUUUGCUCCAAGAACGCUUUGCGAACCGUGCCAACAAAUAUCACCAUACUCGGAACAGAAAAGUCCAAUGCAACACCUUUGCUAUGCAAUACACAUUACAACAAUAUCAAUAAUUUUAAAAACACCCACCACAUCAGCAACCCUGUUACCAUUGAAAUUCAAAAACAACCAAAAGGAGUGAAAGAUAUCAUUUCAAUCGUUACCGAUAAAUUCGGUCAAUGCAAACAUUCCGACAACAAGUGCUGUAGUAAUUGCAAAGAAGGUAAUACGCGAUGUAAAGGCAUCUCUUUCGAAAAAGUGAGCCAUUUAUUAACAGUAUCGGGAAUCAUAUCACACAAUGGCCACAGCUUCGGAAGUGUGAAUUUCAAUCAUCAUGGCGAAUUUUGUUUUUUUAAUGUAGACUGCAAUAAUUGCAAUCUCAACAAAUAUGGAGUUUGUGAAAAAUGUUAUGAAUGCUAUGAAACAAAAUUACGCCAUUAUCAGCGAACAAUUGAAAACCAAAAUACCAAAACAGCUCACCUCGCUGCAAGAACACAAGAAUACAAAAAUGUCAUCAAAUCAUUGAAGGCAAAAAUCUCUCGACGAGAUACUACAAUUAAGAAUUUCGAAGAAUUAAUUGAAGAAAAAGAUCAAAAACAUUAUUUGGUAGAACUUCUCUCGAUUGUGCUAGAGGAAGGAAAGUUACAUGAAACCCAGUUCUUUUAUCAAUUAUUAGAAAAUACUUUGCAAAAUUUGGUUUCGUCGAAAAAUGUUAACGGUUUUCGAUACAAAGAGUGUAUCAUUCAUUGGUGUUUAUUACUUCGAUUUUAUGGUGGUUCUCGUUUGUGGAAUAUUUUGAAAGGAAAUUCUUCCGGUGAAACUAUAACAUCUGAAAACGCAUUAGAUAAGCUUAAUCUAUUACUUCCAUCUAUCUCAACAAUUAAGAGCUAUCUUCCAGACUUGUCUUUUGGUAACCUUGUCGACAGUGAUUUGAAAGAUAUUGUUAAAGCCAUGGCAUUGAAUAAUAUUAGUAAUAAGAUCAUAAUUUCAUAUGAUGAAAUAGAGAUUAGAGGAGGAUUAUGUGUGAUGAAAAGUACUGGAAAAGUAAUUGGAUUCACAAAUUGCAAUGAAAAGUCUUUUGAAGAUAUAUAUAACGCAAAAAGAGAAAUUACACCAGACGAUAUUGCUAGUCAUGUGUGCCAGUUUUUUGCAACAACUCUUGACGGUGAGAUGUCUUUUCCUAUUUGUUUUGGUGGUCACAAAUCAAACCAUUAUGAAUUUAUUACAAAGAAAAUGACAGAAAUUAGAGAUCAAUUCAAACGAACUUCUUAUGGAGAUUAUGUUUUAGAGGUGGUUGGAGGUUGUAGUGAUGGAUUAGCUGGUAAUUAUCAAUAUGCAACCUCUCAUACUAAUGAAAAUUAUGUUCACCUUUUUGAUUGGUCUCAUUUGCUCAAACGGUUGAGAAAUCGUUUAUUGAAAGGGGAUGAUUUGAUUAUUGAAAAAGAGAGUUUUUCUAUGAAUACAUUAUUGAAGGUUAGAAAUGAACCCCAACUGCGAGACUGGGUAUCGGAAAAUAUAAUUUACCCAGUCGACAUUAUGAAAAUGGAACCUGUUUUUGCAUUGAUAGAUUCUAAUGUUAUUAGUGGAAUUGAACAAAGCAAGCAAAUAGGAUGUUGUGCAUUAGCAAAAUAUUUAACGUUAAUGCAACAAAUACAUCAAAUUUUUGACGAUGAACGAUGUUCAAACUGGAAUGAGAAAAAACAAUUAAUUGAAUCUGUACUGAUAACACUUAAGGAAUGGAAAGAUGCGAAUCCUAACAUCAUUAGUGACGAAUUGUAUUCUCAUAUUGUGAUGACUAUGACUUCACUUCGUUCUCUUUUUGAAAAAUAUGGAAACCAUAUUCAAAUUAAGGCUUGUGGAAUUUCGACAUUAAUUGUUGAACAUUUUUUUUCCUUAAUUCGAGGAAAAAUACGAUACCCUAAUUUUCGAGAUUAUUGUGGGAUCUAUCGAGCCGUAUGGAUUGCUUUGAAGACGAAAUUGGCAAAAAAUUCUCCAAUUAAUGUCAAUCAACAAUCAACCACAAAGUGUUAUGGAAAUUGUAACGUACGCUUAGACUAUUCUGAAUUACAUCGAAAACACUAUGUAAAGAAACACAUUCUUCAAGAAGACGAUGAGGACACUUUGUUAGAGAAAGAUCAAACUAUUUCUGAAGAGAUGUAUGAAUAUGUGCUCGAUGUCACUCAAGAUUUUCUUCCACAGAAUCUUCAGUAA